AUGGAGGUCCAGUUUCUUCACCAAUAUCUACCGCAGCUCCCAGAACAGUUGAUUGGCGAGAUAAUACAAUAUUUGGACUCGGACCAUAUUCAAUUCCUUUUGAAAGUUGCCAAUCUUCGUCAAACGAUUAUUAAUGAGGUUUAUGCUCGCGAAGUUCAUUUCGUCUUGUCUCCCACCAGACGACCUCAUCCUUGCAGUUCCCGUUCUGACCUUAUAGAUUUCACCACAUUUGCCGAUGCUGAUGACUUUUUGUUGGAAAACCCCGAUAUAAAUCCUCGUACCGUGGCUGUAAUUACCCAUGGAGAUUUUUCAUCAUUGCGAUCUCUUUUUGAAAAACAUGCUGAGCGGUUUGAAAAACAUAUCCAGCGUGUAGAGGUGCUAAUAGAAAGCUACAACUUGACUUCUGAAGAGUUGGACUUUGUUCUUUCCAUUCCUCACUUAACAAAGUUGCAGGUUGGUGGCAUAACCUUGGGUCUGUGCGGAGACUCAUUGGCACAAAAUCUCCAAAAAUGUAUAUCUCUAGACCAAUUGGUUAUUUUGGGGCACCAGAUCAGGGAUUGGUCUCGUGUUGUGUUUCCUUUGUCCGUGACAGUCUUAGACAUUUCAUGGAACCCAAAUACUGAUAUCAGUACUAUGACAUUUCCUCCCCACAUUAGAGACUUAUUCUUAAAUCGAUCAGGAAUCGAUGACAAUUUGUUAGUGUCGAUGAAGUUUCCCAAGUCUCUCAAAACCCUUCAAUUGACUCAUAACAAGUUGAAAGAAUUGAGUGUGUCUCAUUUACCACCUAGCUUGGAAACUUUGGACCUUUCCAGUAACACCAUUAGCAACAUAGUUGGGUCGUGGCCGCCCUAUUUGAAAACAAUCUUACUCCAUGGCAACGCUUUGAACGAUAAAUCAUUUGAUUCUAUGGCUUCUUGGCCUCAGAAUCUUCAAAGAUUAAGGCUAGACGUUAACCAAAUCCACUUUUUGAGUUCCUUAAAGUCACUUCCCGCCGACUUGCAUUACCUCGAUCUUUCACAAAACCACUUUACUCGACUCGAGGUUGCAAAUUCUGCGCCUUACCCAUACUUUGUCUUUCCUAGGAACUUGAAAACAUUGUUUUUGACUGGAAAUGACAGGUUCAAGUACACCAAUCUGGUCAACCGCAUCGAAUUUCCGUCUACUCUUACCAAGCUCAAUAUGGACGGAUGUAAUAUAAGUAGCUUGGAGCACUUCAAAUUUCCGGAAAACUUGACAAGUCUUUCAAUCUCGGGAAAUCGCAUAGACAAUAUUUGUACAUAUAACGGAAAUGGGGUAGAUUGGACCCAGCUUAAUCAUCUCCUGAAAUUGGAAUUGGUCUACAAUCGCAUAAAAACACUUCAAGAAUGGGUGCCACCAAAAAACUUGCAAUCGCUCAAUUUGAGUGAAAACAAUUUAACAGAACUCAAUUCAGUUAAAACCCCAUUGUUUCAGGGCUUAGACGUUUCUUUAACAUCACUAGUUUUGGAUGAGAAUUACAUUUCCCGUAUUGGUGACGUCAAGUUUCCUCGUUCACUCCAAACCAUUUCCCUUGAAAACAAUCUACUCACAGGACUGCUAAACUUGACACCCUUCUCAGGUAUAAGAGAGGUGUUUCUUAAGGGAAAUACUAUAACAGGAAUACUUUGCGACCGACUUCCAGGCACUGCUAAAAUUACCACACUUGAUCUAACACAAAAUGAGAUUUUACGAACCUCCAAGGACAAAGAGAAGGUCAACGAGUUUUUUGAGACGCUUGAAAAGUGUUUUGGAAAAGCGGUAGUACGGCGAAAGUUCAACCUCAAUAGCGUACAUACAUUCCAAUAG